UAUUUUUUAACCCACACAAUGAGUAUUACUAAAUCGGUGCGGAGCAGCCGACGGACAAGACGAUCAGUAAAUACAAUAGACGUUGGUCCCUUUAUCUACUGCGUUAAUUUUUAUGACAAUGGAUUGAGUGCGGUUCGGGAUGAGUUCGUGAAAAGGGUGGCCAGCGGCACUCGUCGGGCUGUUUUCGUUAUCGAUGUGGAAAAGGAAAUUGCGGAGGUUAGCCUGCAAAACGAGCGAAAGUCGAAAGUAAAAAGAUUGGGAUCGGUGGACUUGAGGUCCGAGGACCCUGUGAAAAUUAUUCUGCAAUGCAUUCAAAACUGUGUAGACGAGUAUGAUAGGAUCACCAAGAGGAUUGAGUCCGAGAAUAAUUUCGAUCUGUACGCCUAUUGGCAACGUAAUUUUCCCGCGAAGCUCAAGAAUUUGGUGCCAUCGGGGAGUAAGAAAAAAACUGGAGGACAGGAAACCAGACGUGGCUCGAAUACAGUCAGAACCAAAACUGGCAAGACGUCCAGUGACAAGAAGCAUCUGGAGAAGAUCAACUGCUCAUCCGUGACGGCCAAGGAGCAUCACAAAAUUGGCAAGGAGACAACCAAGUUUGAGUUUAUCAAAGACAAUCCAGCCUUUACGAAAAUCCUAAUCCUGAUCGUUGGUAAUAUGAAUAACGACUUUUACAAAAUUCUGCUCAAAUACGAUCAACCAUUACGUGCCAUUAUCCAUUUUAUGCCGGAGGAGAGUGCCUACGAUUUGCUGGUGCCUCGUCCUCGGCGGGAAAAGAGCCUCCAAGAGGCACUGGCCGUCAUCCAACGAGAUAUACAUUCACUUCGCAAAAGGGUUCCCUCAAAGCCAGUGGGUAUUUUCCAGCAGAAACUACCACAAAUGUCCUCCUGCAUGGCUGAGAAAUUUACGGAUGACGUCUUCGAUCAACUGAGUUGGUACAUGUACGAUGUGGAAACGCUGCGGGAAUGGUAUAGGACGUUCUACGUGGAGCCUUACAGGGAAACCAAUGUUAAGUUGGAUCCAUUGGUGCCAUUGCAGGAAAUGUAUCACGUGGUUGAAUCCAUGAGCAUCCAGGGGCACUAUAUAAAAUCGCAAAUGCCGGCUGCUCGAGCCGAUGAUGGCACCGUUUACUUAUACAUGGAGUCCCUAAUGAAUACUUUUGGCAAUCCCAGGGAACUGAUGACCGAAACGGAGGUCCUUCUGCUGGCAAAUCCCACGCCAUCGGUUCAAACUCGAGUCCUCGAUAAAGUGAAAGUUUAUGCCAAUUCCUUUAAAAGCAUCGUGAAGCUCAACAAAAACGAUCGAAUUUUUGUAGAGAAGGCCAAUACGUUGCUAACUAACCUGUUGAGCUAUACGGAUCAAUCCCUAAUGAGAAACGUUUACUACGGCUGUCUGGAGUACAAUUUAUUGAGGCGUUACUUUACUUCCGGCUAUAUCAACAACUCAUUAAAAUGUAAGCCUUAUCUUGGUGAACUGGAACCGGUAUUUCUGCCCAAAUACGCACAGCUUUAUCUCACGGAUGACUCGGUUAUGCAAAGGAUUAUUCAGCUAGUUAAUGAUUAUGAUGAUUUUAGUGUGGAGGAGGUGCAGCCAAAUGUGCAUCUCUAUACUUUUCGGCGUUCCCUAAAUGAGGUUUUUGAGCAGGAGAAUCAAACUGUAAUUCCCACGAGACUUUGCUUCAGAGAUUUUACCUUGUACGAAAUGGAAAAUUUCCUUCAAGACUUGGUCACCCCGCAAAAGUUUAGCGAAAAGUUGACCGAAAGUUAUUUGUCUAACGAGGAACUGAGUGGCGAUAUAGUUUUGGGUCAUGACUCUUUAAUGGUCAAGUGCAAUGACGAAAACGACCGUGUUCCCAUCGAUCCCAGAGUCUUUGUCCGGCGUAAAUCCAUUAAAGAACAGUUGGCCAAGAAAAAAGAAAAGAAGGAAGAAGAUGCGCGUUCCAUGGCCCGGAAAAGCUCAGUAAACCCACAGCAAAGUGUACUGUCAAGCAGAUUGACGCGACAAUCUGAAGCUGAAAGAACACGCACCAGCUUGCAACCAAAAGAAUCUACCUUCACAAAGCAGGAGUCACAAUUGUAUCUGGGACUUGCUCCCAAUCAUCCAAUGCUUGAAGGUUACAAUCUUGAUGACACCCGACAAACCAUCAAGUGCAAGACCUCGAAGUAUUUCUUUGAAGAGGGCAGGAUUGUGCUCUACGAGGAGAAGUGGAACUUCCGUCAGAUGAACAAGUGCCUGGCCUUGGAGAUCGGCGGCCAGGAGGUGCAUUUCCGGAGUGCCAGCGAUCCACUGGGAGUAACUGCCGCCGAUUCCAGUGUAAGGAUCGAGUCGAAGAACGGAAUUAGUCUGAGGGUCAUGCCAAUGGAGAGCGAGUGCGCCAAGGUGGUCCUGAACUAUCCCAAUGGUCUAAGUACCUAUUGUCAUGAUACCCAUUCGGAGCAUUUGUGGCAAUAUCAGGAUAAUGAACUGGACGAGAUCCGUCGCAUUUGCACUCCUUACGGCUGUGUGAUAGUGUUCUACCAGAACACAGAUACCAUUUUGAUCAUGCGAUACAAUGGCGAGGUUUAUCAACUGUACAGCUCUACGGCUGCCGAAAACGAGGAGGAGGAGGAUCCUAGCCCUGAGUUCAUCAAUGCCUGCUCCACCCAGUCCACGUAUACCACGUAUGAACCUCUUCGGGAGCCCAAAAAGAAGCAGAGAAGCAACGCGCCCUCGUCCCAGAAAAGUUCAGUAGUUCGCAAUUCCGGAGGAAUGGAUUCCGUUUUGCGGCCGUCGAAACAGAGUCUUGGCUCCAAAGUGUCGAAGAAAAGUGUGAAUUCCAAUUUGGGUGGAAGAAGGAGUCGAAUUCUCAAGAAUCAACAGGCUGUCGCCUUGUUCGAAAGCAUUAAGUUUGAGUUGAACUUUCUCAACUUCAUUAUGGCCCUCUACAAACUGAGCUACAGAUACCUCAAGUUGACCACAUCGCUGGGCAGUGUGGUCAAUGUGCAGUUGGAUGGGAAAAUCUGGUGCGGAAAACCCUUUCGGAACACCGAGUGGCACGACUAUUAUGCAAAUGAAUCCUAUUCGAUGAGGGACGAUGGUGUCAAAAUUAUCUGGACAAAGGAUGAAAUACGUUGUUACCACACAGAUGGCACCGUCAUCACGUCGGGAACCAUCGAAGGCUGGGAAACCAGCUCGGAUACUGAUGAAAUGGACUUUGAAAUUAGUUCGAGUAGCUCUCAUAUCAAUGCCAUUAAUAGCGAUUCUUUUAAUGGAAGGGGUGAAACAAUGUUUAUUAACGCACCGGAUGGCUUGCCAUUUGAGAAAGUUAGUCAUGAGACUCUAAAAGUGGAGGAAGUGGAGUUUCAAUCACCGAAUGCCAGCAAUAGGAAGUUGUCAUCCCAGUCUGAAGUGAUAAUAGAGGAAGAGGAGGGCGAGGUUUACUUUGACAGGAUCUUCAUAACAUUCAUGCCAAAUAGUUUCAUGAUAAACCACAAAAUCUAUGCCGGCAUUCACUUCUCGUUCAGCCACAUUACCGAAGUGGACCUAAAUCUCGAGACCUCGAUCUUCACCUGCGACAACAUGAAUGUUCGGGUAUUCAAGUAUGCAAUGCCACUUGAGGCGACACAGCUCGAUCCCCCAGAGCCCAUGUCAUCUGAGGCUGAUCCCGACGAAUGGACCAAACCCAAAGUUAAGGAGCCCUCCUUAAUUCCGGAUAGUGAUGUUCUUUCCGAUGAAAUACCCACCAGUGGCGAGGAACAAAAGUCAGAGUCCCUAGACUUAGUUCUACACACAUGUGUGGAGGUCGAAUGCAAUAACUUAAGGCUAAUUUUGUUUGAUGAUCGGGUUACGAUACAAACACGCAUUCGUAAGUUUGGAUGCGACGAAAAUGCAAAGUGCAAUCUUCAAGUUCAUGACGACAUCGAAUUAAAAGUUAACUUUGCUGAAAACCUGCUGACAACUUUUCGGAAGUGGAUAGAUGAGCUUACCAGUUUCAUCAACUGUUUCUGUCCCAAAAGGCGCUCAUUGUAUUUCCUAGAAACCCAAAACAAAAGUUGUCAAAAGAAAGGAUUUGAGUUACUAAAAACGGUGCCGCCUCUCGGAAAGUAUAACUUCUGUGCUGGCAAUUACUUUAUUGAUGUAAGCCAGCUCAGAUCGGUGGAUAAUCAAAUGAAAAACAAGUAUGACUGGUUUGACAAGGAUAUGGAGAAGUUUCCACGCUUUCCGCUUAUCAGAAAACCACCGCAACAAGAGGAAGAUUUUCCCAUGGUUUUGGAUGCCAAGAUAUUUGUGGAGAUACCUGCACAAUUAGCUAAUACGGAUCGGAUUCACCAGUUCGUUACUGAAUUCGAUGCGAUCAAGUUUAGGAAACAGCGAUAUCGCUUUAAUGAAGCUAUCCUCUUCCAUUUACAUCCCCGAUUGGGACUUCUAGUUCAGCAGGAGAUGAGCAAACGCAGCUGGAAGAAUCACCAUGAAGAGCAUCGUCGUCGGUUGUUUAUAGAACAGCAGCGCCUUAGUCUUUAUAUGGCCAUGCUAAAGCAUAAGGUUUAUCCCAACUAUUUCCAGUUUAAGGACCAGUUCAACUACCAUGUCCGGAAUAUCGAAUUCUUCCAGUUCAUGACAUCCAAGUGCAACGAGAAGAUCCAUCCUGAGGAGAUCAUCACCGAACCAUCCGAGGAUCCGCACCAAACGAGCCAGAAAGCCAAGAAAAAGAAUAAAAAAUGUGUCUGUCCCAAAUACCUAAAAUCUUUGGAUUAAAGUCAAUAAAUUUACAACAAUUUA